AUGAUGUCCGCAAGACCCCUCGCUCGCUCGACGCUCCCUAGAGCUACUCGUGCUCUUCGAGCUCCCCGUCAACAGCUUCGCUUCCAAACGACCACUACCUCGUCAUCAGCGAGCGCAAGCGGAGGCAGCUCACACUUUGGAGCUGGCGUCGCCGGAGGACUCGCAGGCGCCGGUCUCUUCUACGCAAUCUACUCCUUCACCCCCGCCGGACGCACCGCAUCCAAGGUCAACAAGGCCGCCAAGGAGGCAGAGAAGAAGUACCAGGUUGCCGCGAAGAAGCUGCAGGAGAACACCCCGUCGCCCGACCAAGCCAUCGACUCCAUCAAGCAGUUCGCCUACUCCUACGUCGGCUGGAUCCCCGGCGGUCGCUCCUACGUCGACUCCGCGUUUGACGACUUCGAAACUGUCCGCAAGAACCACAAGGAGGAGGCCGACGAGAUCAUCAACGAUGCCUACAAGCAGUUCCAGGAGGUCGCCAAGGCCGGUCUGAGCCUGGAGGCCGUUCACAAGGCGUGCGAGGUUCUCGCCGACCUGUCCAAGAAGAUUGCAAACCUGUCCGGCGAUGCCAUCUCCGACAUUGUUGACAAUCACCCUCAGCUGAAGGAGAGGCUCGGUGGCAACAUUGACCAGCUCAAGCAGCUGGGCGACCAAUACGGCCCUGAGGCGAAGAAGCAGGUCGAUGAGACGUGGAAGCAGAUCAAGGACAUCCUUGCGGGAGGCCUUACCGCUAGCAACUUCGACAAAGCCCGCAAGUUGAUUGAGGACAAGACUCAGCAGGUCAAGAAGCUCGGAGACGAGGCUUGGAAGAAGGCACUCGAGGAGGCGAAGCCCUACCUCGACAAGAACCCCAAGGUCAAGGAGCUUCUGGAGAAGAACGCCUAUGCACUGAAGCAGGGCAAUGCGAAGGAGGUAUUCGAGAAGGCCAAGUCUGCUGUCGACUCUGGCGACCUUGGUGGCUUGGAGAAGUAUGUUGGCGACGCUGUGGAUAAGGCCAAGUCUAAGGGCUCACAAUUGGGCGGAAGCUUCGGUGGCCUGGAUCAGUACUUCAAGAUGAUCCCUGACGGCGACCAGAUCAUUCCCAAAUUGAAGCAAUUGAGGGAAGUCGCGGACAAGCACAAGGAGGAGGGAGAGAAGUUGUUCAAGGAGACUCUGGAAGAGGUCAAGAAGGUCCUCGAGGCGAAGGGAAAGAAGGCGGAGGAGAUCGCCAAUAAGGCCAAGGAGGAGGCCAAGUGA